AUGGCUUUACCCAUAGAGGCACAUUGGAUAGCUUUCUUGUCUGGUCCACCUUCUGCAGAGAGCUUCAUACGCACGACUUCGACCGAAGGUCGAGUAGUUCGUAUCUACACGUGGGUUACCGAUCGACGAGGAAUGAACAACGAAGCCCAAAUUCGCCGAUCGACCAAGUCAGUGGUCCUAGGGAAGGCGAAGGUGAUGAGCUAUGAGGACCUCAGCGAGGCACGAGUGAAGCGUGCUGCGAAAGAUAAAGCUAGCGAGGGCAAGGGAAAACGCGGUCGUAAGCGCAAGAGUCCUGCACCAGAGCCAAAGACCAAAGUGGCGCGGAUGAGCGAAGUGCCAGAGCCAUGGAGGGCCCCGGUGGCGCGGAUGGUCGUGGAAGAUUGGAUUGCCGCAUAA